UCGUGCGCGCAUUCCUUCCCUAGCUGAGCUUCGUAGUUGUAGGCUUCGUCUCAACCGCUCACUCAACGGUUACGGCAGAGAUGGCUCCUGAGCCUCGUAAGGGUGGUCUCAAGAAGAAAGAACCCAAGGCCAAGCGCAAGAAGAAGGGCAAGUCGGAUGAUGGUACCCAAGGGGACAAGGACGACAGUAAGGAAGAGAAAAAGAGCAUGAAGGGCAAGGAUGACAAGGAUGAUAAGGAGGAGAAUAAGGAAGAGAGAAAGGACAAGAAAAAGGACAAGAAAGACAAGGAUGAUAAGAAGGAGGAUAAUGAAGUCGAGAAGGAAGACAAAAAGGACGGCAAGAAAGACAAGGAUGAUGAGGAGAAUAAGGAAGAGAGAAAGGACAAGAAAAAGAGCAAGAAAGGCAAGGAUGAUAAGAAGGAGGAUAAUGAAGUCGAGAAGGAAGACAAGAAGGACGGCAAGAAAGACAAGGAUGAUGAGGAGAAUAAGGAAGACAAGGAGGACGGCAAGAAAGACAAGGAGGAUAAGGAGGAGGAUAAGGAAGACAAGAAGGACGGCGAGAAAGACAAGGAGGAUAAGGAGGAGGAUAAGGAAGACAAGAAGGACGGCAAGAAAGACAAGGGUGGCAAGGAGGAGGAUAAGGAAGACAAGAAGGAAGGAAAGAAAGACAAGAAGGCAAAGAAAUUGAAAAAGUACAAGGCGAAAUCUAAGCGAAAGCUCCCGGAGGAUCUGCCAGGCGCACCUGGCGGUGCUGGCAAACGAAAGAAGUCGGACACAAAGUCUUCAGGUGGUGAAGACAGCAAUGUCGAAGAGAAGGGAGAGAGCGCAAGCAAUAUUACUGUUGCGUCUGCAGCGGCAGAUGAGGUUGCAGAUGCCGCAGGUGUCGGGCCAAAACCCAAAAAGAAGGACGGUGCGCCUCCUGUUACGGAACCAUCCACCGCGGUCGGAGAUCUACCAACGGCCCCACCAACUGGGCCUGCACAGGCAGAACCGGACGUAACUGCAACCACAGCUGCCUCAGGAACAGAGCAAGUUCCAGCCGGACAAGCACUGAAAGAUUCAGAGGAAUCUGCGAAGAGUGAGCCGUCUGCGCAGCCACCUACCACACCCGCCGUGCCGUCAACUGUACCGCCACCUGCGCCACCAUCGAAACCGUCCGCAACUGCUGAACCAUCCACAACGACUCCCAAGACAGGGACGGAACCGUUAGCAGAGUCAGCUAAAGUAACGCCGGCACGUCCACCAGAUACCACUGCUGAUACCGUCCCACAGUUUUCGGCACAAGAACCAUCCCUGGUGACAGCUCCACUUGAAGAUCAGAAACAGCCAGCGGUGGCAACUAAAUCUUCAAAGGGAUUCACCAUUCGUAUAGCGGAUGCUUUGAGCUCUUUUGGAAGCCUUUUUAUGCGUAAGAGCACGUCCGAAGUGUCAUCUUCUAGUGUUAUUAAACCACAGGGGAAGCCGCAGACAGCAGAAGUUCUGCAACAACCGCAAGCUCCGGACCAGCCACAACAUAAGCCUGCCGAACCACAAGAAGUCCAACAACCAAAACCGCAAUCAACCGUAUCGGCACCCACGGUGCUGGAACACACAAAGACGAUCAGGGGCAUUAUAAAAGGUACGCGUCCUCCAACUGUUGUUAAAGAAGUCGAAUAUGAGGAGGUCGAUUACUGGACAGCGGGAUCGACAAGCGAUAGCGACGUCGUGCGGCCCACCACAACUGUGACUUCUUGCAGCGUCGAAUUCUACGCUUCUCCUUCCAAAGAAAGCUCGUCGGAGGAACAGAACCACUUAUGGAAAUCCCAUGGUUCGGUCGAACAGAAGUUCGAACAAACUAUCGAGAAGAUUUUGGCCAAGUACGGCUUACCGACUUUCCGCCCAUCUUCAGAGUUCUCCAGCGAUAUCUCCGAUGACUUCACUGGCUGGGGGCAGAACAUAGCUUUGGCCCCAACUGAGGCAUUCCGACCAGACGCUGUAGCACGAAUCGAAGACCCCCUGGAUCCAUAUGGAAAGCCGUUGGUCACAUCGGACUUCAUAGUAUCAGCAGCGUCCAGGCGGGUAAGAUGGGCCGCAGCCAUGGCCGAGAACCUUCGUGUCGCCGCGCAGGCCAUUCAGCAAGUCGACCUGUUCCAACGUGAUGCACGCGGGCAGAGGGAUCGUUUCGCUACCGAGCUGCUGCGACGUGCUGCUCUUGCAAGCAAAGACGCUCGUGCUGCCUCCAAAGCGGUCGUCAAGGCGAAGGAAGCGUCAAAGGACAGAUCAAGAAGACGGAGGUUGGAAGGAACCUUCGACAGCCACCCUUCUUUAAAGGCAUUUGCUGCGAAUGCUAAUGCAUCGUUCAGUACCUUUCAAACCAACAGUAGCGCUGAAUCUGCGGGAAAAAGCCAAACUUCCAAAGCAAUUGAGAGACUGCCCUCGAGACAGAAGGCGCUAUCGGGAGAACAGACUCUCGCGGGACGUCCAGAAAAGAUUCCAGAAGGUCGGGAAUUAGUUGCGAAGGCACCAACGUCUCAGCCCUGUUGGGGAGACGCGCUUGUCCAAACAACACCAGGGAAACGUACGGUGAGCGCAGGCAGUAGCAAACCAUCCAGCGAUUCGGUAAUGGGACGAGAAACAAAGUUUACGUUCGCCGUUUCUGACAGAGAGACAAGAGGGAAGAGCACUACUUGCGUUUUCUUUAGACCCAGCAGAAGACUUCUCCAAGAGCAAAUGCAGGCACGCAGCGUUGACAAAGGACGGAAGCAAACGGAAGAGUGCGAAGUUUGCGGUUUUGCAAUAGAGACGAAGCCGUCCUUCAGGAUCGAGCACGAGACGCCAGCAGGAACGGAAUCUUUGGCCUGGUGUGACAGAUGUAACGACCUCACGCGCACUCAUGUCGCGGCAUCUUCACCGAUGGCUUCAACACCUUCAUUAGCGACCUCUGCACCACAAAAGAAGAAACGUGCGGACGAGAUUCCACGGGCGAGCAUUGAAGAAAAAUUCUACACAGCUCCAGAGGAAGUAAACGGUUCCGACACGUUGAAAUCAAAGAAGAUAACCUCGACCAUUAAGCCUGAGCGUACUGAUGCGUAUACAAUGGCAAGUUAUUUUUCUGACAGCGUGUACAGCCCAGGUCAGCGUUCUUACAUACCUGUCUCAGACAACAUGCCCAGUGCCGGUCCCGCAGCAACAGACAUCGUAGCAAAUGUAGCACUUUCUAGUCCUAUGCGUGGCGCACAGCAGACUAAUGCUCUUGGAGACAGUAGGCCAAGAAGCCCACUUUCAGGUGGCGCUAUCCCCGGAACACAACUUUCAAGCAAUCAGUACUCAACCAGGGCGCCACUGUCUCCUGGAGACACAGUUCGAGUUUUGGAUCUUCUUGCCGAACAAGGCAGGGAUCAAGGAAUGAUUCUCGCUGCUGUCCCAGGGACGGGAGCUGGAGUUUAUAGCCCCGUAGGUAUGCAGGGAGUGGUACGAUACCCGUUGAGUGCACAUGCUGGGGAACGACCUCCAUAUCUCACGCGAGAUUCGUAUGGAAGUGUGUACUUCACGGCGAACGAGGAACUAAGUCCACAAGGCACUGUACCAGUUGCAGCGUUGAGUCCUAGGACGGGAGUAAUGCCAGGAGCGAUGCUUCGACAGAGACUAGGCGUUGAUUCUGUCGUGCAGAGUCCACGGUUCCAAAUGAUGCCGGCACUAGCAGACAGCCCGACGGCAAGUAUGGCUCUAGCACAGCAGCCAUACUUCAGCCCAGGGUUAGCAGAAGCACAAGACGCAGGAACCGCUGUGCUGUCUUCAUUUCCACAGGGUGAGGAAAUCUUGAUAGCGGCACCUCUCCCUGCAGGCAGAGGAUUCGCUGCGGCGGCUACAGUGCGUACUCCAGUACAUGGUAAUCUCCCCGCUGCUCAACUAGUUCCGGAACAGUACAUGUCCCCUAUUGCAAACGAGCAAGACGAUCUUAUUAAACGGACUGGCCCGCAAUAUGUAGAACUUGUCACGGCAGAUACACCGCAAGCUCAACUACGUGAUACGCAAGCAAAAAGCCAAGAAUUACGUAAUGUACCCGCAUUACAGGCUGAGGAGCAAGAAGUGUCUAUGCCGUAUGCAGCAAAAGCCCCAGAUACAGUAGUGGUCGUAGAAGAAGACAUUAGCGUGGCUGCUGCUCCAGCUAUGGCGGAAGAAAGACCAAGCCAGCCAGCGACGCCAGUCUUGGUGCAAGGGCAAGAACCCCUAAUGACACCGUUCGACGUACAGGGACCAGAUCAACAAGCUAUGUCUGAGGUGCCUUUGCAACAGCAGACAUUGUCACCUCAAGCUGCAGGACCUGUACAGCAAAUCACUGGUGCUGCAACGACCCCAGACAAAAACGCAAACGAAGUCGAAGCAUCGUGGAAGGAACUCAGCACCACUGUAGUCUUGUACCCUGAGAGCGCUAUAGUUUGUCUCAUAGCUGUUGUCUGCGGCUUGUGGGUGAUCUACCAGAUUAUUAAUCCACCUCAUUAUGCAGAGAACAGCACAGUAGCAAGAAAGGCUGUGCAAGGUAUUAAUGUACACUACAGAAUGGAUCUGCCAAUAGCAGGAAUCCGCACAACAUAUGAGGACUACGACACCGAGGUCCAUACACAUGAUUUCAAUGCUACAAAGAACAGCCGCACGUCUCGUAAGCCGACAACUCCCACCAUGGACCUCACCUGCACUACAGUCCUGUGUCACCGAGAAGCGAGGUUUCUCGACGGCAUUUUGCGAGGAGAUCCCUGCCAGAAUUUCUACAAUUACGUCUGCAAAAAGGUGGUGCAAGAACGUCAUCCUUACACUGGCGUACCCAUAUCCACAGAUACGAUCAUAGUAGAUAAUCUCGAAGAUCGCGCCCUAAAAUAUCUGAAUCAGAUAGCCCAUGAGGAUGUGAAACUCGCGAGGGAAAUGCUGUCUGAAUGCAUUAACUCGCGGCCACAAGACCAUGCUGACGAGGCUACGGACAUCGUACGAUCGUACUCUCCAACCGGAUCCUGGCCGUUGCAAGAGGUCUCUUCGCCCGACAUUCCAUGGACAAUGGCUGGACGCGUACUCCGAGACCUGGGCAUCGGAGCUCUGCUGACGGCGUCCCUGGAGCAAAACCCUCUUGCAAGCGGAGAGGUUGUUGUCAGUAUCGACAAGCCAUCACUUCUGUAUUUAGACGAGGAUACCGACAAGAUUCUUAACAAGAUCUACCGGGCUAUCGAGGACGUAGUCCCCCUUGUGAACCCCUCCGCAAACGCCGCGGCUGUCGCGGAAAUGAUAGGUGACGUCGUUCGGCUGUUCGCUCGGAAGUUUACGCAGGAGUUCCACUACGACCCAGAACCGCUUCCCGUAGCGGACCUUCACGCGGGCGUCAAGAAAGUGUUAAUUACCGUCUUCGGGAGCCCGUUACCUCCUGCGGUGCUCGUCAAUACAGCUCGGUUUAUGGGACCCCUGGUGAAAGCAGUGACCACGAAUCCUGCCGCGCACACUAAUUACGUCGGCUUCCUGACGUUGCUCUUUUUCGCGCCAUACCUCGGUAUCCCAUCACUGACUGAAGUCUUCCCACUGAUCCUUACAGCACCUCCUGCCGACUCUCAGCGUCUAUGUUCGAGGCUCGUCGAACGUGUCAUGCCCAUGGCGUACAUGAGGGCUUUAGCUCACGAAUUCACUUCCGUGCCGUUCGCCCACGUGUGGGCCAUGCGGGUAGAGAACAAGUUCUUCAAAGCGCUGUCCAGGUUGAAGUGGCUGUACGCUGCUGGGGCACACGGUGACACUGUGGACGCGCAUUUGGUUAAGUUUAAGUUGAAGCGGAUACGAGUGGCCCACUUCUUCCCAUUGAGAACAGUCCAUAACGCCAGCUGGGCAAUAUACGAGAGCCGACUGAGAAGAGAACUGGGCCGUGCACGAGGGCCCCUGGGUCGGGUGCUGGCAGCGGCGAAACUGAGGCAACGGGAUGGCAACAUCACAUCAAUCUUCGACGUGAAGGCGUCGUACGUAGCACGGAAGAAGCUGCUCUAUAUUCCAGUAGGCAUCGUCAACGCCAGUGUCCCCGCGAACAGCACAUUAUUUUACUUUCAAACCGCGCGCUUCGGGGUACGCGCCUACCGGGCGCUGCUGGCCACACUCCGCGCGGACUCUGCGGGUACCGGCGACCUCGCCUUCAGCAGCGCCUACAAACAACGUCUACGGCAGAUCUACGGGUGCCUCGAAGAAGACUAUAGAAACGCCCCCGAACAGCUCAAGUCUGGCUCCGCCACGCAACCGCCGGGAAAUCUCCUCUUGGAGCAAGCGGUGGCAACGAUGCUUGCCUACAGAACUUUCCAGGAGCUCAUGGACACGACCAAGAACGUACUGGCGUCGGACUUCAAGCUGCCGGGACUUGAACAGUUGUCGUCCGAUCAGUUGUUUUUCGUCUACUUCGCGCUUGACAACUGCGAGAGGAAUGACUACUCCGUGACCGGCAGGCAGUCCUAUGUGGCGGCAAGUGUGCGGGUGAAUUUGCCGUUACGGCAGUGGGAACAGUUCGGAAGAAUCUUCCGGUGUAGGGACGGGCGUGACAUGGUGGCGUCCGAUGCUUGUCCUCUGAUUGACCCGUAGCACAUACAGCUAUAGUAUAUAUAUAAUAUACCGGUAAUCAUUUAAUUAA